AUGGUUACAAGACUUAAAAAUUCAAGAAAAUUAAGAGGACACGUUUCUCAUGGUCACGGUCGUGUUGGAAAGCAUAGAAAGGGUGGUUGUAGAGGAGGUCGUGGUAUGGCUGGUGGUAUGCAUCAUCAUAGAAUUUUGAUGUAAAAAUGGCAUCCUGGUUAUUUCGGUAAAAAAGGAAUCAGAACUUUCCAUUACAAUAAAAACGCUCACUUUUAACAAACCGUUAAUAUUGAUAAGUUAUGGUCUUUAGUAUCUGAUUAAACUAGAUUAAAAUAUGCUACUAUCAAAGACAAGGCCCCUGUUAUUGAUGUUACUAAAGCUGGAUUCUUUAAAGUUUUGGGAAAAGGUAGACUCCCAAAUUAACCUGUUGUUGUUAAAGCUAAAUUUUUCUCUAAAACUGCUGAAAGAAGAAUUAAAGCUAUUGGUGGUGCUUGUGUUUUAAUUGCAUGAAAAAGAAUUAAUAAUUUUAAGAAGAAAUUAAAAAUAAAUAAGCGGUUUAUUUCCCUAUUUUUUGUUUUGUUUUGCUUUAUGUUUUUUAUUUUAUUU